AUGAAGACCACUUUUAUCUCUCUCCUCGUUUGCGUCACCGCCAGCUUUGCUGCUGCGGUCAAUCCUCGCACGCUCGGACUCUUGUUUGGCUUGAAGCCCGUGCUAACGCAGACGAAAGCUGAGGAGAUCGUGAACAAGUUCAAGUCAGUCUUGGAGGGCGUCAACUACAAGGGCAAGACUCCAUUUCAGACGACCCAGGAUGUCGUAGCAGAGAACUACAUCGAAUACUCUGAUUCAAUUCAGUCUCUCAUCUCGCUCAACAACACUCUCGGCGAUGGUGUGAACCCUUCGGCUGUAAGCCGCGACGAAUGGUACGCUGGCGUCAGUAAAAACCCCAGUCCGAACAUUAAGACGCUCGGCAUUUUUGUUUCGGGCAGCAACAUUUUCUGGUACUGGAUCUUCCCGGAGGUCGGCAUCAAGAAAUAUCCCGUCAAAGGCUUCAACUUACUUCGCGUCAAUGAAUUCUACCAGAUCAACGAAGCCGACAUUGAAUUCAACAGCAUUGCUUGGGGUGUCGACAUCUUUCAGAUCCAACAGUACUGUGGUGCUCCACCCGCACCUCAUUGA